AUUUAUAAAGAUUGUGGUCCAGCCGAGUCUCUAGAUGACUGACUUAGAGGGAAAGCCGUGUAAGAUAAGGAGAGAGAGGAGAGACUUAAAAUUAAGAGAGAGAAGAGAAAAUAUUCUUUCCAGCUCGCCUUCUUUUUGGAGUUUUCUUCUAGCUUUGGCUUUGGGCAAGGCGAAGAAACAAACAUUUUUAUUUACAGAAAAUUAAGAAAGAGCUUCAAAUCCCAGGUUUCUCUUUUUUCUUUCCUUUCUUUUUUAUUUUUCUUUUUGGUAAGAUAGAUAAAAAUUUAAAUUCAGACACAAAAUUUUUUUUUUGUUUGCGGCGAAGAAGAAGGCUAGCUAGCUUUUGCUUUAUGUCGGUUUUUUUAGGUACUGUUUCAGCUUUGUGAGUUAAUUACUUGUUCUAGUUUUAGCUAAGGGAAAUAAUUCAAACAGAAAACCCCACUACAACUGUAUACUUCCCAUUUCAGUAGCAGAUAUGAUGUCUCGAGAUGGCCUUUCUGUUCCAUCUACAAUCACUUGUGGCUUUGUUCAACCUCAAGAACCCAAUUAUUCAAACCCUAAUCCUAACCCUACUUCUUCUUCAAAUCCGCCCAAGAGAAAGAGAAAUUUACCGGGAACACCAGAUCCAAAUGCAGAAGUCAUCGCUCUGUCUCCAAAAUCUCUCAUGGCAACUAACAGAUUCAUGUGUGAAAUCUGCAACAAGGGUUUCCAAAGGGACCAGAACUUGCAGCUCCAUAGAAGAGGCCACAACCUACCCUGGAAGCUGAAGCAAAGAACAAACAAGGAAGUUCAGAAAAAGGUGUACAUCUGCCCGGAACCGACCUGCGUCCACCAUGACCCUUCAAGAGCCCUCGGCGACCUCACCGGAAUAAAGAAGCAUUACAGCAGAAAACAUGGUGAGAAGAAGUGGAAGUGUGAUAAAUGUUCGAAGAAGUAUGCCGUUCAAUCGGAUUGGAAAGCUCACAGCAAGAUUUGUGGCACCAAAGAGUACAGAUGUGACUGUGGCACGCUCUUCUCCAGAAAGGAUAGCUUCAUUACUCACAGAGCAUUUUGUGAUGCAUUGGCUGAAGAAAGUGCAAGGUUUACUACGGUUUCAACUGCAAUUAAUCCACAAGUAGCUGUUGCUAUGAAUCAACUUUCUUCAGUUCUAAGGGCAGAUUUUACAGGGUCGGAUCAGUUUGCAGGGAAUCUCACAGGAGAUGGGCAGAAGUCGAGGCUGCCUCUGUGGCUUGACCAAACCAAUUUCUCUCAUCUUAACCCAAUUGGGAAUAUUGCCAGUAAUUCCAAUGCUAAUUUCUUAGCACCAAAUUCUGCAAACAACUUAUCUGAGUUGGGAAUUGCACCGAUUAAUAACAUGUUUGGAAUGGUACCAUCCAAGUACCCAGAAGCAUCAUCAUCAUCAUUUACUAGUCCCAAUCUCUCGACAUCAACAUUCCCAUUGCCCAUGUUGCCACUAGGAAUACCAAAGGAAGAGGAAGAAGACGACAAAGGAAAUUUGUCCCAAACCAUGUCUUGUUUACAUUCAAAUAACAACAGUAAUAGAAGCAGCCAGGUGCCUCACAUGUCAGCCACUGCACUUCUACAAAAAGCAGCACAGAUGGGAUCUAACCCAUCAAUCAAUAAAGGUUCUUCGUCUACUUCUGGGUUCGGUUUAAUGAGUUCAUCAUCUGUUUCCAACAUUAUCUUCAAGCAACCAAACAACUUAAACGAGUUGGUUAGGUCCCAGCUGGUGUCAUCCGCACGUGACUCCUACCCUGACCGGGCAUUAGCAUCAUCACAGCUGCAUCAGUCUGAAAACUUGAAAGAGUUGGUGAGUUCAUUGUCUUCUUCAUCUCAUGGUUCUUUGUUGGGGGAUUUGAACUCAGCCAGCUCGCUUGUGCAUGCCAACAAGAAAUCAUCCCAAGGUGUUGAAAGAGAAUUGACCAGGGAUUUCCUGGGAAUGGGAGGUGAGUCAAGCAGACCGUUUUCACAACAAGAGCUUGCAAAGUUUGCUUCCAUGGCGUCAGCUGCAACGGACUUCAACCAGUACGGUGCUCAUCAUCGGCCUCGCUGAUGAUCUAAGCUACAGGAUGCCAAGGUAAGUUAAUUAAUUUGGACAGAGUUGUAGAUUCGAAAGGAGGCAAUCCUAAUCGAGGCAACUCAGUUGAGCAGCUAGGGAGAAGAGGCGAUGGGGGGGACGGGGGCCACUGCAUGGUUCGAUAUAUCGUGAGACAUGUAACAGAAGAUUGGGCCCUCUCCUUCAUGCAUAAUAUUGUUUCGUUGUAUUUUAUUUUUAACCUUUGUAAUAUUUUAGUUUUUUCUUUGACGUUUGAUAAAACGUACUUUGUGCUACAGACAUGGUCGUGAACAUUUGUUGUCGCGGCCCGUGACACUGUCUUUUUCGGAGAUAUCUUUAAAUAAAAGGGUCAUUGGUCU